AGGAGUGGCAGUGGCGGCAGUGGUGGCACUUCGCGGCACGGAGGAUGCGGCGGCGGUGGUGUCGGCAGCAGCAGGCGGAGGAGCGGGGAGCGAUGCGGUGCUGCGCGGCGGGGCCGUGGCCGCACAGCGCCCUCACCACCCUCCUGCUGACAGCUUUUUUGCUAAGCUCUGCUGAUGGCAAUAAUGGAACUGUUAACUGGACGACUAAGCGAGCCCACAGUUACAUUAUCAGCAGAAUAAAGGCUGUUCAGAAGAAUGUGUACACGAUUCUGUCUAGGGUGCACUCUGAUCGGAAUGUAUACCCUUCUGCUGGAGUCCUGUUUGUUCAUGUUUUGGAGAGAGAGUACUUUAAGGGGGAAUUUCCUCCUUACCCAAAGCCUGGUGAAAUAAGUAAUGAUCCUAUAACAUUUAAUACCAAUUUAAUGGGUUACCCUGACAGACCUGGAUGGCUUCGCUAUAUACAAAGGACACCGUACAGUGAUGGAGUGCUGUAUGGCUCACCAACUGUAGAAAAUGUGGGCAAACCAACCAUCAUUGAGAUCACUGCAUACAACAGACGUACCUUUGAGACAGCAAGACAUAAUUUGAUCAUUAAUAUAAUGUCAGCAGAAGAUUUUCCUUUACCAUAUCAAGCGGAAUUCUUCAUAAGGAAUAUGAAUGUAGAAGAAAUGUUAGCAAGUGAAGUUCUUGGUGACUUCCUCGGAGCAGUGAAAAAUGUGUGGCAGCCGGAGCGCUUGAAUGCUAUAAACAUCACUUCAGCCCUUGACAGGGGAGGGAGAGUUCCACUUCCUAUUAAUGACAUGAAAGAGGGUGUGUAUGUGAUGGUUGGGGCAGAUGUUCCAUUCUCUUCCUGUUUACGAGAAGUGGAAAACCCACAAAAUCAGCUGAGGUGCAGUCAAGAAAUGGAGCCUGUAAUAACCUGUGAUAAAAAAUUUCGUACUCAAUUCCAUAUUGACUGGUGUAAAAUCUCUCUGGUUGACAAUACAAAACAAGUUUCCACCUUUCAGGAAGUGAUUCGUGGAGAGGGAAUACUACCUGAUGGUGGAGAAUACAAGCCACCUUCUGACACACUGAAAAGCAGAGACUAUUACUCGGAUUUCCUAAUUACACUGGCAGUGCCCUCGGCAAUAGCACUGGUGCUUUUUCUAAUCCUUGCCUAUAUCAUGUGCUGCCGACGGGAAGGAGUGGAAAAGAGAAACAUGCAAACACCAGACAUCCAGUUGGUCCACCACAGUGCUAUACAGAAAUCAACCAAAGAGCUUCGUGACAUGUCUAAAAACAGAGAGAUCGCGUGGCCUCUUUCAACGCUUCCCGUGUUUCACCCUGUGACUGGGGAAAUUGUCCCGCCCCUUCACACGGACAACUACGACAACACCAGCAUGCCACUGAUGCAAACACAGCAGAACCUGCCACAUCAGACUCAGAUUCCACAGCAGCAGUGUGCAGGAGAAUUUCGUAUGACAACAUUUCAAAGAUUUGAGAAGCUGUAUGCUCAUCAGGACAUUGCAUUGUAAGCAGAAAACUGCGUCUGCUUUAAAAUUACUAAAUGCUGGCUACAUUUCCUUAGCUGAGGUUUGUGGGGUCUCUGCUAAGAGAAAUUUGAGUAAUUCUGGAAUUUAAGACUGAGGAUAAAAGGAAUUUGUAAAAUGAGGUUAUUAGAAUUUGUAAAAAGACCAAUGUAGUCACUUUUGGUUUUGCUUUUUUUUUCUUGUUACAGUUAUGACCCUGUUCUGUCAAAACAAAAACUUAUUUUAAUUUUUAAGCAAACGUGUUUAUAGGCUUGAACCUGAAUGCAGCAUCUCAGCAGAUAGUUAGAACAAGUCCUGAGCUGCUUUUUAGACAAAUUUUGUGCAACAAGUAUGAUAACUCUUGCAGCAAAGUAUAUAAUUGGUGCUCAGUACAUAGUACAUACUUGUGUAUUGUCAAACCUCCAGUGUCAGUUUGCAAAGCUGCCCUGAAUGCUCAGCACAGCUCACAGAACUUGGGAGCAAAUGCAUAGGAAUUCCAUAGGAAUCCUGCUGGUGGUUGUUAGACCAGGAGAGGUAGCUCAAGCUACAGGCAUUAAAGUUGAAAAAUUAAGGCAGUUUCUGAAACAGUUGGAAUAAAGAGCCAUUCCUACUCACUUUCAAAGUGACAUCCAUCACACCUUGCUAACUCAUCCAAAAUGUACCAGGGAAGACUUCCCCAGUCAAUCAGCUUCCUCAGAGACAUGCCCUCCUCCCCCCCCCUUUCCAGCAGCUUGCAUGGUUAGCAGUGAAAAGUGAAUCACAAAACUGCACACUGAGGCUUAUAGUAAAUUAGACAUUUACAUCUUUUACUCAAGUUGUGAAAAAAAAAAUUGAGUACAAUCAGCAUUUGGUUUCUGUUAGUUUAUACUACUGUUUUCAAAUGUAUGAGCUGCCAGUGUUUUGAAACUGAAAUGAAUGGAAUGGAUUUUAAAUAAUGGUUUUUAAUGCAACCUAAGACUGAACUUUGUAAAUAGUAUUGGGUUUGGAUCAUAACAAUUUCUGGUAACUUGAGGAUGACAUGACAAUCAAUGAACUACCAGUUGAGCCGCUCCCACCUUAUUUGUAUUAAUGUAACAGUGCCAAUAUAUUUAAGGAAAUGUCUCACACUGUUAUGUACAUGCAUAAAAAAUUAGUUUGUAGCAGUGGAGGUUCCACCUAUUUUGAAAAGAAUCUGAUGAUGUAGGUGACUCGGGUAUUAAGCACACCUGACCUAUUUUAUGACUGAAAGCUUCAUUUAUCUGAGGUAAGUUUAAUAACAAAUUAUUUAUUUUUACUUAUUAAAACAAUUACUCUGAAAGCAUAGAUUUAUAAGCUGGUUAAAGACAAUGGCUAAAGAAUUAAUUAAGACAGUAAAUUCACAGCCUCUUUUAACCUAUGAUGGCAGUAUGAACUGAUAUUAUCUUGAUUAAGUUGCAAUCAAAUUAAAUAGAAAGCCCUGCCGCUNUUGUACAUAUCUGAAAUGUAAAAUCUAAUAAAUAGGAAAACAUGAAGGAGUGAAGUUGUUGCCUGGUUAAUUUACAAAAUGAUGCCUAAAGAACACUGUGUUACAGCUGUUAACAUUACUGAAACAAUACUGGGUGGUCGGUGUCUGAGAACUGGGGUGGAGCUGAUGGUGCAGGGUUUGUUUAGCUGGGGGCGAUGCCUAAGCAGGUGUCAUGACUAGAAAGGAUGGAGAGUGUUGGCAGCACUUAGUUCAGGUGCCUGUGUUAGAUACUAUCUCCCUGAUUAUACACGGAGCUCUGGGGAUAGGAAUGACCACUCUGAGUUCUUUGCUCAAGGAGCCCCUUCUAUUUAGUAUGGGAUUUAAGUAGCUCAGUUAGGAGCUAAAUUCCUUAACCCAAACAAAUCUUAAAGAUGGGUUUGGUUUCUUGAUGUUGCCAGACCAAAGAAAACCCAAGUCAGUUCCUGUCCUUUCCUGCAGAGCUGUGCCUCAGGGUUCCUGCCUUCUAACCUGGGCAGAAAAGUAUUCUACGCCUCCACUGCAGAAUUCUGCUGAGGACACCUGAGCUCCAGGGUGGUUUUGGCUACUGGAGCUGUAAUUUCA